AUGCCGAAACGAGCCUCUACCUCCGCUCCGUCCUCUUCCACCGUUCUACCUAAGAAACCACGACAAACAGUGCAUCUUAUCAAAAAUAUCCUAUACCUCGAUGAAUACGAGGCGGCUACCACAGAUCACACAGAAUUAGUGGAACUCUUCGGAAACCUUCAGGACGCUCAUCGAAGUAAGAUCAUCGAAUUUCGAAACAUGAAGAAUGACAUAGAAAAACUAGAAGCAAAAGCCGAUGAAGAUGAGCAUGAAAUUGAAAAGUCAUGGGAAGACGUGGAGAACUAUCACAUAGAAGUCACCUACUUAUUCCAGCAGACACGAUCUUUAAACGAUGAGAUUGGUGAGUAUAUCCGUGGCAAUGAAUCCUACACCGAGGAAAACAGUCGAUUCCGGGAUAUCAUUAAGGCGCUUAAGUCUGAUAACAAAAAGGACGAGGCGAAAAUCGCAAACCUCGAGGCGCAAAUUGCGAAAGGAGGGGUGAAGACGGGUGAGCAUACAGCUGCACCGAAAUACGAUCCAUAUAUCGUGAAGCAACAAGCAAAAAAUAUGGCGCAAGUAAUGCGCGAUGCAAUUAAAUUGCAAAUGAAGUGGGCGCCAAGUUGCAAGACGUCAGGAAAACGCUGGUCUUAUACUUCCAUGGUCCCGUCUGCGGAUGUAUUUUACAAACUUUUUCGCUUGGACAGGGCGACGGAGCUAAGAGCAAAGAAGAAGUGGAAACAGAAGAAAAUCAGUAUCGAUGGUUUCGAAGAUAUGGGUACAUGGACUGUUACUAUCAGAUACAACUCAUUGGAAUUGUGUUUCAUAUACGUGGAUUUCCUAGUUUCGGACUUCCUUGUAUUGGUUACGCGAUGUUUAGCGAGCGAAGCUGUGGGGCUAUGUUGUAGAUAUGGUGGUAUGCAUACCUAUGAAUAUCAUAGAAGUAUUCCAGCAAGAAGAGAUCACAGGAUGUGA